CCAACUUUCUCUCUAGUUCCUUAUUCGUGGAUCUCAAUCAUAUCCCCAAAUCCUAUUUAUACGCCUAUUUUUCUUUAUCUUUUUCGAUAAAAUCCACCAUAAAUCUCAUUGACCCACUUGGGUUUUUCUUAAUCUAAUCAUAUACUUCAACAUCUCGAGGUAAAUGGCGUUACCCACCGAGAUUCAUCACUCUGUUGUUUCAGCUAAUUGAUCAUGGAAGAUCGCAAUUACAGCUCCCACCGGAUUCACGGCAUGUCGGAUGUCGUUUUCGAAUGCGUGAUUCCGUACAUACACGAUGAGCGUGACCGUCAAUCCGUCUCCUUGGUGUGCCGGAGAUGGUACGAGCUUGAUUCGCAGACGCGAAAGCACGUAACUAUAGCCUUGUGUUACGCCUCCACUCCCAAACAGCUAUGGCGGAGGUUCCCUUAUCUUGAAUCGUUGAAACUCAAAGGGAAGCCACGCGCCGCCAUGUAUAACUUGAUCCCCGAGGAUUGGGGCGGCUAUGUGGCGCCGUGGGUGGAGGAAUUUGCGAGAUCUUUCAGAUGCUUAAAAAUUGUUCAUUUUAGAAGGAUGAUUGUGACCGAUGAAGAUCUUAAGGUACUCGCUCGAGCUCGUGGUCAUGUUCUUCAGGUUCUUAAGCUUGAUAAGUGCUCCGGGUUUUCCACCGAUGGACUUUUGCAUAUUUGUCGCUCCUGCAGGAAUUUGGAAACCUUGUUUCUUGAAGAGAGCCAAAUAACAGAGAAGGAUGGAGAGUGGCUACAUGAGCUUGCUUUGAACAAUACCAUGCUUGAAACAUUAAACUUUUACAUGACAGAUCUGUCCAAGGUGAGUUUUAAGGAUCUUGAACUCAUUGCCACAAAAUGCAAGUCUCUAGUUUCGGUCAAAAUAGGCGAUUGUGAAAUCUUGGAUCUCGUUGGCUUCUUUCGUGCUGCUGUUUCCCUACAAGAAUUUAGUGGUGGUUGCUUUAAUGAUCAAGCCAAAGGCUAUGCUGAUGUAACGUAUCCCCCAAGAUUGUGUCGAUUGGGCCUAAAUUACAUGGGUACCUAUGAGAUGCCGAUUGUGUUUCCCUUUGCAUCGCGGCUCAAGAAACUUGAUCUCCUCUACGCCCUUCUUGACACCGAAGAUCAUUGUCUCUUGCUCCAGCGGUGUCCUAAUCUCGAAGUUCUUGAGACGAGAAAUGUGAUUGGAGACCGUGGAAUGGAAGUUCUUGCCAGCUCUUGCAAGAAAACAAAACGGCUAAGGAUCGAGCGAGGGGCCGAUGAGCAAGAAAUGGAAUACGAAGAAGGCGUUGUUUCUCAAAGAGGACUAACCGCCUUAGCCCAAGGAUGUCUAGAGCUAGAAUACAUAGCCGCAUACGUAUCCGAUAUCACAAAUGCAGCACUCGAAUGCAUUGGCACACACCUGAAAAACCUCCUCGACUUCCGACUCGUCCUCCUGGACCGCGAAGAGGUAAUCAACGACUUACCCCUCGAUAAUGGCGUCCGAUCCCUACUAAGUGGCUGCAAUAAACUUAGAAGAUUUGCACUUUAUCUUAGACCAGGAGGGUUGACUGAUGUGGGUUUGACUUAUAUUGGUCAAUAUAGUCAAAAUAUAAGAUGGAUGUUAUUAGGGUAUGUUGGAGAAUCUGACAAGGGUCUUUUGGGGUUUUCCAAAGGGUGCCCUAGCCUACAAAAACUUGAAGUUAGAGGGUGUUGUUUUAGUGAACAAGCAUUGGCUAGUGCUGUUCUGCAGUUAAGGUCACUUAGGUACCUUUGGGUUCAAGGGUAUAGAGGGUCACCAGAUGGGUGUGACUUCUUAGCCAUGGCUAGACCAUUUUGGAACAUUGAGAUAAUACCUUCUAGAAAGGUGAAUGCUGGUGGGGAUAAAGAGGAAGAGCAUCCUGCACAUGUGCUUGCUUACUAUUCACUUGCUGGAUCAAGAACAGAUUUCCCUCCUUCUGUUAUCCCACUUGGAAUCCACCAUAAGCAGAUCAAAGAAUGAAAGAUGAAAAAUGAAUGGAAGAUAUGAUAUGAUGGCUGCUUUUAUGGCCAUUUAACCGUUUUUGAGCUUUUCUAAAACGUUCUGGUUGUUUGAUAUGGUGUGAGAAGAAAUGAAGAUGUGAUUGUAAGAUGUAUUAGUUGAUGUGAUGAGCGGUUAUGAUCUGAAUGCGAGUUUUAUUUAUCGAGAGAAAGAGAGUGGGAAAAAGAUGUCAUAAUUGUGUCUUUCUGAUAUGGUUAUUCGACAUUUCUACACUUUUUAGUUGUUUAAUGUGAAGAUUAGAUUCUAUGGUGCUUUUAUAUGUGCAUCAAAUAAGAAAAAUUGUUCGACAAUGUAAAAAAAUUAGAGUAAAUUAUGGAGUUGGUUCUUGUAGUGUCUUGA